AAUGAGCUCAGGUAGUAGCUCAUUAGUCAUUCACAAAUAACACAAGCACACACACACAUUUCCAGAAUGCCUCCUCACGCAAUGCAUUUCCCCCCAACCAAUCUCUGUCUUCUCUCCCUCUCCUUUCCUCUCGCCCUCAUCUCCCCUCCCACUUUAUGCUAGUGUGUGAGUAGCUCUCUCUCUUUCUACCCCUCGCAGGCACGCACUCUGUCAGUGGAGGAGAGGGUUUCGAAAUCCAGCUGUAGCUCAAAGUGAUCGCCUCCUUGGGCACAUCCAUCUAAGAGGAUUGUGCCCUUUUUUCUCCUCGUACCACUUUUUUUUCGCUGUUCUGAACCUGUAGGAUUUUACUUAUCUGCCACUCAGGUUUGUGAUAUAGUGAGUGUUCUGCUGAAGAAUAACUGAAGUUUUUCAUACAUGGCUGAAGCACCUGCCUAUGACUCAUUUGUGCUUUUUGUAUUGAUUUGUGUGUCCUAACACACAUGACACAGCUUAAAUCAUUUCUUUUUGGUAUACUGGAAUUGUUUAAUUUUGCCAUACAAGGAUUUCUUGCUGACAACGUGUUAGGAAUCCGAGAGUAAACUCUUAGGAGAAACCAUGAGUUGGACUCAUUAUAAAUGCUAAACGUCUGUUUGCUUGGAGCUACGCCAUCUGAGGAAUCCAAUCAAGAGAUGACCACUGUGUCAAUGGAGCCCAUAGUGGCUAUGGUGGAGAAGGUUUCCAACGUCACUGAGCUUCCAGUUGAAGCUUCUACUGAAGACAUGGCUGCCACCUUCACCAUCGGCACCAUCCUGUCCCUAAUGUGUCUGGUGGGUGUCUCUGGAAAUAUCUACACUCUGGUGGUCAUGUGCCACUCCAUGCGCUCGGCUGCCUCUAUGUACAUCUAUAUCAUCAAUCUGGCACUAGCUGAUCUGCUUUACUUACUCACGAUUCCAUUUGUGGUGUGCACACAUUUCCUGAAGGGCUGGUACUUUGGAGACGCUGGAUGUCGGAUCCUCAUCAGCAUGGACUUCCUUACAAUGCAUGCCAGCAUUUUCACCCUGACUGUCAUGAGCACAGAACGUUACUUCGCUGUCCUCAAGCCUCUGGAUACAGUCAAACGCUCUAAGAGCUACCGAAAAGCAAUCGCCCUCUUGGUGUGGACGGCCUCAUUGAUUCUCACAUUACCCAUGAUCAUCAGCGUCCAGCUGAUGACGGAAAGCUCUAAGCCAAUGUGUCAACCCACCCUGAGCCCUCUCUCAUAUAAAAUCUACAUCUCCUUUCUCUUUGGCACCAGCAUUGUGGCUCCAGGGGUGAUAAUCGGGUACCUGUACAUACGCCUGGCACGAACCUACUGGAUUUCCCAAACUGAGACUUUCAAACAGACCAAGAAGCUCCCAAACCAGAAGGUACUGUAUCUGAUCUUCACUAUCGUGCUCCUAUUCUGGGCUUGCUUCCUGCCUUUCUGGAUCUGGCAGCUUCUAGGUCAGUUUCAGCCCGAGCUGGAUCUCUCCACCAAGGCCAAGCGUAACAUUAACUAUCUGACCACCUGUCUGACCUACAGCAACAGUUGCAUCAAUCCGUUCCUCUACACCUUGCUCACCAAGAACUACAAGGAGUAUCUCCGCAAAAGACAGAGGACGUGGACGGCUGGCAGCUACCUCAACCGACGGAACCGCUUUCAGCGUUCGCCCCGACGUUCCUUGUCCUCCAGCAGCCAGCAGUGCACGGAGAGCUUUGUCCUCGCGCAUACUUCUCGCACCAACAACAGCAGCCUCUGAGGGAUAGACAACUGUCUGCGGCAUGACAAGAGCAAAGCAAGCCAAGACGGCUGGUAUCUCCCUCCUCCAAACAGAAGAGGGAGAGCAAAGGAGGAGUACAGCGGGCAAGAGAAGAAAAGCAAGUCACGGCAUGAGGUGUAUACCCACAUGAAGAGGCCAAUGUGGGGUUGGAGUCACCGCCAUCUCACCUGUUGAUUCGUUUUGAUCUUGGAUGACUUUUAAGAGGGAAAAACCAAUUCCCAGUUCAUCAGUUUUCUCAAACUCUGGGUUAUUAUCACUGUGAACUGGGGAUUUUUUUUUUUUUUUUUGAUCAUCCGUCAAACUUUGUCAUCAAGGACCAAAUUUCAAAGCAGGGCGAUAACCAAGAGAAAAAUGUGACAACUUUCAUCUCCCCUUUCCCAAGUGACUCAAUUUGAUGAGAGUCAUUUCCUUCAAAUAACUGCAAUAGUAGCAAUCAGAAUCCUUCCGAACAUAACUCCUGCAAAAGAUGACAUCAAAAAGGAGGCGUAUUUCCUAGUACGAAAUCUGUUUCUCUCAUAUUUAUGAAAGAGUCUUGCUCUAUUUUAUCUCAUGGGCCGCGUUUGACAUGAAGAUAUUCUAUUUGAUUUGUCUUUGAUGAUUUGAUGAUCUUCAUUGUAGGGUACUAAGUGGCAAUGCAACUAUGGAAAGCCUUCCAGAACACUGCGGAAGGACUUCCAAGUACCCUUUUAUUUUUCAGAACACUGUAUUCCAUUACCCGGACCUGUCAAAUGGAUUCUCUCUGAUCAGUGAGGAUUCUGUCUCCUCCAUCCUAUUUCCUUGAGGCCGACAAGACUGGAGGUUUUACGUUGACCUCAGACUGACCUGAGAGCUGUUUCUCCAAACAACAAUGCAGAGGAUGCUUGGUUUUGACUUCUAAUGAGUUGAACAUUUAUACUUUCCAUACUGACAAGUCAGUACCCAUCCAUAUGGAAGGCCGUACAGAUACAGGAUACACACAAUGUGCACAAAAUGACUUCAAUUUCAUGACUCCAAAGGAAUAGAUUAUUUAUCUUAAUGCACAAUGGCAAAAUGGCACUUAUUAUUGUUGGACUCUGUAUUUGUUUUACACAAAAGAUAAACAGGAAAGUACUGCCCAAAGUCUGUGUGUUGCUUUGGUUUGUUGAAUCCGAGGAAGGCCUAUUUUGUUUUUGUACAGAGAGCUCAAACGUACUUGGUAACACGUUAUAAUAAGGGUCAAUUUGUUAAAAGUGUUUCACAAUUCGCAUUAGGGAUGCAUUAACUAUCAUAAACUAAUGAUAAACAUAAUGCAUUUAUUAAUAUAUCUAGAUUAAUGCUAAUUUAAUUAUUAAAAUAUUGACAUGCAGUUGUCAUUACGUUGCAACAUGUUAGAAUUUAACAUCAAACUAUAUUAAUAAAUGCUGUAAAAAUAUUGUUCAUUGUUAGCUCAUGAUACCAAUGUAUUAACUAAUGCUGAAGAUUAUUGUAAAGUGUUACCAUGUACUUAAUGUCCGUGUUGUAUUUUAUAUUAAUUUUGGUUACACUUUAUUUUAAGGUGCCCUUGUAAUUAUACAUUUAAGUACUGAGUAAUAUUAAUUAACUACAUGUACUUACAGUAUGGUUAGGGUUAGGAUUAGGGUUGGAUUUAGAGUUACUUGCAUGUAAUUAUGCAUAAUUUAUUGUUAUUUUAAUAGUAAGUACAUGUAACAUGUAACAAGGACACCUUAAAAUAAAGUGUUACCUUAAUGUUUUUAUGGGCAGAUUGCUUGUUGUAAAUAUUACAGCUAUAUGUUAUUUAAAAUUUUGCAUAUAUCUGUGUUUACACAAAAGCUAAUGGCAAUCAAAGAUCAGGUGAAGUAGUGAAAUGUGUAUUAUAUGAAAUAUAAAAAAAAUUACAAAGAAAUUUUUUUUGCACCUAUUGCAACAUAACACACAAAGAGAAAAAAAAAAGAAAAAAUCAGUGUGUAAAUCAGAGGGAAAUGCUUUCCACAGAGCAAGUGAAUUAGCUCCAAGGUUGCAUUUUGUACCUCAAGGGAGAAUAAGUUGGUUCCAAAUGACUAAAACAGUACACUUUUUUGACUGCUGUGUAACAAGUUAAUUUAUUUCUAAUAUAAAUUUUGUAAUGGACAUGCUGUCGGAAGAUGAUUUAAUGUGCAAAAACAAACAACCAGAGGCAAUUAAAAAUGCAAGGCAUGAAUGUAAAAACAAUGUUAUUUUUGAAGUGGUUUGGUUGAGGCCUACACAGAUGUUUCGACAAUAUGGUUUUUCUAGGUGUCUUUGUUUUGCUAUUGUGAUGUGGUGAUGCUGUUUUUUCACAUUUGUCACUAUUUAGUCUAUGUGCAAUUGCAUAAUUUCUCAUUGUAGUUUAUUUAAAAGACCCAAUGAUGCUUGCUGAGCAAUGUACCUUACAUGCACUCAAUAAAACAUGUUCAGUAAACAGCGGCAGUAUUGAAACUUUAACAUUUUUUUUUUAAUUAUUACUCAUUUUACAUUAACUUAAUUAUUAUUAUUAUUAUUUUUGUGUGUGUGUGGUAAAAAAAGCUGUUUAAUAAAGGCAGUAAUUGACUGUUAGGUCUUUGAACAUACUGAAAUAUAAUUAAUUCCAUGCUGGACCGGUAGUUUGCUGCCAUUAAAGUACAAAAGAUACCCAUGCCUUGAAAUGGCAGCUCCGAAUUAAAAGCUUUUGUUUUGGAAAUGUUAUUGCUGCAAUGAACUGCCAUUCAGAUUUCACAGGAGACUUAAUGAGCCAGAUGUUUCAGCAGAUGUUGUCAUUAAAAACUUGGAGAUCACAACGGAAAUAUUGCUGUUUUAUCCACUAAUGUGAUUGACACUAAUAUUAGCAGUUUUUUCAUUAAUUAUAAUGUUAGUCUGAAGAAAUGUUGAGUGCCAGUUUUCAUAUUAAAGCCUAAUUUUUGCACAGAUGAUUCAAAUUGAAGACAUGUAUGGCCAAAAUCCAUGUUAAAAACAACCCAAUUAGUGGUUUAUUAACACUUUUUUUUAUAUCGUUAUAGAUUUCCAAAGAUGUUUAUCUUUAAAGAGUGUUUAUAACACUAUCAUUACACCUAUACUACAUUUAGAAAUAUGCAGUAAAUUUGAUUUAAAUGCUCAAAUUCUAAUUAAGACUAUGUAUACCUAGUAACUAGAGUAUGCCUAUGUAACAUUAACAAUGAAUCAUGUAUCCAUAACAUAUUUUUUUAAAGGGUCUGAAAUGGGUAUCAUAUUAAUAACAAUGAAAAACCAUUAUAUGUGUGUAAUUCUAGGAAUCUAUGUUUCCAGGUAAAGUACUGACAAUGCCCAUUCGAUUUUCCAAUGCUGACGUAAAUAUGCAAUUAGUCAUAUCAUUUUCUUAGAAGAAUAAAUAAAAUAAAAAAAUCAUUGUGUAGUAUAACCCUGUGUGGAAGUGUUACAUUUCAAAUCUGAAGCUAUUGUUUUCUUAUUAAGAUAAGGUUAAGUCACCUGUGAAAUGCAUCAGCCACCAAAAGAAUUGCAGUGCAGAGUGGCCAAAUAGCACAAAAAUAAAGAGGGAAGCAAGAAGCCUGCACACAAAUAAGAUAGUAUUUUUCAUUUUUCAGUAAAUGCACUGAAUUUGCAUCUAUAUAUAUUAACCAAGUAUGCAUGCAGUAAUUGACACUAUUGUUUUGCUUGAGACCCCUAUAACACCCCUUCUUUCUUCCUUUCCUCCUUUCCUGAAAUGCUCAUUGAUACAUACACACUGUCACCGACGUAUAUUUGUCACAUACAUAUUAAUCUGCAUUGUUAAUCCUUUUGAUCUUUUAUUUUAAAAAUUCACAAAAAUCUAACCUUUCAUUGGAUAAUAAGAAUUUAAAAUGGGGGAAAUAUCAUGAAAUAAAUGUUUUUUCUCAAAUACACGUUGGACACAAUUAUUGGCACCCCUAGAAAUUCUUAUGAAGACAAUAUCUCUGAUAUUCCCAUUCAUAUUCACAAUUUUGAGCACUCCAGGGUGAUUAUGAACAUGAAAUUAUCCAGCCAUGGCUUCCUGUUUCACAGAAAUAUAAAUAGGAGGGAAAACAAAGCCCAAAUUUCCUUAAUCAUCCAUCACAAUGAGAAAAACCAAAGAAUACAUUUCUGAUGUGCAGCAAACGAUAAUUGAGCUUCACAAAUUAGUGAAGUGGCUUUAAGAAAAGAGCUAGAGCAGUGAAAAUUCCCAUUUCCACCAUCAGGGCAAUAAUUAAGAAUUUCCAAUCAACAUAAAAUGUUACGAAACUGCCUGGAAGAGGACGUGUGUCUAUAUCGUCCUAAUGCACGGUGAGAAGGAGAGUUUGAGUGGCUAAAGACUCCCCAAGGACCACAGCUGGAGAAUUGCAGAAAAUAGUUGUUUGGGAGGGUUUCAAGAAAAAUUAUCCUAGCUCAUCCAAAAACAAACUCCAGCAUAUUCAGUUAUCAGACACGACUGGAACUUCAAAUGGGACUGGCUUCUAUGGACAGAUGAAACUAAAAAAUGAGCUUUUUAGCAGCAAACACUCAAGAUGGGUUUGGUGAACACAGGGAUAAAAAG